ACUGUCAACUGCUGUUCAGGCCGGCCAUUCGAAAUUCCCACACCCUCCGUGAACGUGGCUCUGGUGUUCAGUGGCUCAACUUACCAGACGGAGAUUAAGGGACGGUUAAGCCGGGAAAACUUCAUGGACCUGCCUUUGGAGGUGAACCCCAUCACUGUACUGGUCAACAACACCAACCCACGGGCACUGCUCACCCACAUCUGUGACACCCUCACCACCAAUCGCGUGCAUGGCAUGGUGUUUGAAGACAAUGUUGGCUCGGAGGCUGUGGCACAGAUCUUGGACUUCAUUUCCACUCAGACAGCUGUGCCCAUUGUGGGCAUCAGUGGAGGUUCUACUGUUGUCCUGCCAUACAAGGGUGAGGGCUCCAACUUCCUCCAACUGGGAUCCUCCAUCGAGCAGCAAAUAACUGGCAUGUUCAAGGUGAUGGAGGAGUACAACUGGGACAGCUUUGUGGUUAUAACCAGCCUGUACCCGGGCUAUGAAACCUACGUGGAUUAUGUCAAGUCCUUCACCGACACCAGCUAUUUCAUGUGGGACCUGCAAGACGUGCUGACCUUCGAUAUGUCAAUCGAUAUCUUGAAUGACAUCCGAGCACGAAGGCUGCUGCAGCAGAUCGAUGCCCAGGUGCUGUUGGUCUACUGCUCCCAUGAGGAGGCCCAGUACCUUUUUUCCAUGGCAGCUGACGUCGGACUUGUGGGACCAGGUUACAUCUGGAUUAUCCCCAGCAUGGCUGUGGGAAACCCGGACAUUACCCCACCUGACAGUUUCCCUGUGGGGCUCAUCAGCAUCAUCACAGACCGGUGGAGGAUGAGCCUGAGGAAGAGGGUGCGGGAUGGGGUGGCCAUUGUGGUGAAAGGUGUGCAGAGCUUUUGGAAGCAAAGAGGAUUCAUUCCUCAGGGACACAGUGAUUGUCACAACCCCGUGAAGCCAUCAGCUACUAAUGACACUCUGUUCAGGCACAUGUUGAAUGUAACCUGGGAACACAAUGACUUCUCCUUCAACAGUAAUGGUCACCUUGUGAACCCAGCCAUGAUAAUUAUCACACUGGACAGAGAGCGACAGUGGGACAAGGUGGGGACCUACGAGAUGGGGAUCCUACAGAUGAGAUACCCUGUGUGGCCGCGGUAUGGCUCCUACAUGGAGCCAGUUUCAGAUUACAGGCAUUUAACAGUGGCCACACUGGAGGAACGGCCCUUUGUCAUUGUGGAGGGGGUGGACCCUGCCACUGGUACAUGUGUCAGUAACACUGUACCAUGCCGACGACAAUCCAACAAGACAGAGACUAUUGUUGGUCACACUGAGCCGUACACAAAACUGUGCUGUAAGGGCUUCUGCAUAGACAUCCUGAAGAAGUUGUCCCGCACCAUAAAGUUCUCCUUCGACCUCUACCUGGUGACUAACGGCAAGCACGGCAAGCUAGUUCGUGGCGUUUGGAACGGGAUGAUCGGAGAGGUGGUCUACAAACGGGCGGACAUGGCCAUCGGCUCACUGACCAUAAACGAAGAGCGCUCAGAGAUCAUUGACUUCUCAGUGCCAUUUGUGGAGACAGGAAUCAGUGUGAUGGUGGCCAGAAGUAACGGGACUGUCUCACCAUCUGCCUUUUUAGAGCCAUAUAGUCCGGCCGUCUGGGUGAUGAUGUUUGUCAUGUGUCUGACUGUUGUGGCCAUCACAGUGUUCGUCUUUGAAUACUGUAGUCCAGUUGGGUACAACCGCAGUCUGGUCAGUGCCAAAGAUCCUGGAGGUCCAACCUUCACCAUUGGAAAGUCAGUGUGGCUGCUGUGGGGGAUCGUCUUCAACAACUCAGUGCCUAUUGAAAAUCCCAAGGGCACCACCAGUAAGAUCAUGGUCCUGGUCUGGGCUUUCUUUGCUGUCAUCUUCCUGGCUUCCUACACAGCUAACCUGGCAGCCUUUAUGAUCCAGGAACAAUACAUCGACACAGUCUCUGGACUGAGUGACAGAAAGUUUCAAAAGCCACAGGAGCAGUACCCUCCAUUCCGCUUUGGUACAGUACCAAAUGGCAGCACAGAGCGCAACAUAAGGAGCAACUAUCCCGAGAUGCACUCCCACAUGGUCAAAUACAACCAGAAGGGAGUGGAGGAUGCCCUUAACAGCCUCAAAGCAGGGAAACUGGAUGCCUUUAUCUAUGAUGCUGCUGUGCUGAACUACAUGGCUGGCAAAGAUGAAGGCUGCAAGCUGGUGACCAUUGGCAGUGGGAAAGUGUUUGCUACCACUGGUUACGGCAUUGCCCUGCAGAAAGAUUCACGGUGGAAACGACCCAUCGACCUGGCCCUACUCCAGUUCCUGGCUGAUGGUGAUACACAGAAACUGCAGACUGUCUGGCUCACGGGCAUCUGCCGUAACGAGAAGAAAGAGGUGAUGAGCAGUAAGCUGGACAUCGACAAUAUGGCAGGGGUUUUCUACAUGCUGCUUGUUGCCAUGGGCCUGAGCCUGCUGGUUUUUGCUUGGGAACAUCUUCUCUACUGGAAACUACGACAUUCAGUCCGCAAUUCAGAGCGCCUGGACUUCCUCCUGGCUAUCAGUAGGGGCAUCUACAGCUGCUUCAACGGAGUAGAGCAAACUGACCGCAAUGGAAGCAUACAGAGUCCUGACAUAACUACCAACUACACACAAGCUAAUGUGCUUAAGAUGCUGAAGACAGCCAAGGACAUGGUGUCCUCUGCCAGAGUGGAAAACUCUCUGGACAAUGCCACCAAAACAAUAGAAAACUGGAGCAGGCGGGGAGCAGAAAAUGUGCGCGCUGGCCUGUCACCCAGAGUGACAACCACAGACAUGACCCAUGGCCGUCUGCCCUACAUACCCAGCAUCACAGACAACCACUCCCCAUACCCUCAGAGGGCCCUCACACCCACCUUUCCAGUUCAUUAUGGGGACACCUCCCCCCAGCCUCGUGUCAUGAUCCACCCCACCCCACUACGCUACACGCUGCCAGCCCGAAGUCAAUAUGUCUUAGAGAGGACUCUGCCCAUCUCCAGCAUCAGCAGCCCUCACAUUGCCAUGAGGGACCCCACUCCCACUGGUACACCUAACCCCCACCACAGCAGCAAGUUGUAUGUGGAGAACCAGGCCCGGCACCCCACUAUCCCUUUUGUUCCUUACAGGGAGUUCCAGGUGCCUGAUAUACACAUGGAGCACAAAGGACCGAUCAGGAGGAAGCUUAGCUACCCCCCUGACUGUGUCAGCCAGAAAUGCAGGUCUCAUAGCUAUGUGUUUGAUGCUGCAGACCCUAGAGUGAGAGCUGACUACGAUAAACCUAGAUCCUGCCUUGCUGAGUUGAGGGCUAAUCACCUACUGAACCAUGCCGCUGAUGCUGCUGCCAUGACCUGUACAGCAGGACACUAUCCAGGUAGCAACACAAGCUGCAACUCUUGUAUGAAGUCUUAUCUGCAGCCUGGAGUGGAUGACAUACCACUCCAAGGGCAGGACAAACCCAACUGCCGCGCCUCAUUCCUCAAAGCCGCAUGGGGCAAUGACAGUAUCCGUCAGGUAGAUGAAACAAAGCCCUCCACGUCCACAUCUCCCUCCACCCGUGUAGAAAUGCCUGACCUGUUUCCACGGGUGAAGGUAGCUAGCCCAAAGCCCCACAAGCUAUACAACAGUCUGGGGCACAGACUGUCCUGCUACCCCCUGGCUGCUGAGCCUGCCUACUUGGACCCAGCCCACAUGGGCUCCUACCCCUACAAGCAAAAUCUCAAGUAUUCUGAAUCCACCCAGCUGCCCUCCUACAGGGAAGCCCCUCUGCAGAACGCCGCUGCCCUGCGCCGCGCCUCCUCCACAGUAGUGCACAGACACUAUUCCACCUACCUGGACUCGUACACAGACUUACCAGUGUAUGUGGAGCAACUGAGUCAAGGGCCAUCCCAGUUCUACAACAGCUCCAAGGACAUGUGCCACUUCAUUCCCUGUACAAGGCACUGCCCAGAUAAUGCAGUGAUGCUGCCUCAUGUGGGUGACAGGCAGAUGGUUUACCAGAACAGUAUGUUCAGGGCAUACGAUGGUACAGGGAAGAGGGAAGCCCCAGGCUCUGGGAGUAGAGAGCGGAGGCAGGUGUUAGUGGCGCGUAGAGUCAACAGUCCCUAUGUGCCAAAGCCCUGGGGCAGGGUAUCUAGUCUGGAGUCUGAGGUCUGAGUCCUCAUCCUCACUGGACCUCCACUAUGCUCUCAGACUGAAUCCUUCUGAAGAGGCACAUGCCAAGGGGUUCUCCCAUCAGCCUGUUGAUGGGAGAACCCCUUCCAUCAACUCUACACCAACAGUGUAUUUUGAGAGUGUCUCUCAAUUAUUAGUGCAAUAAUAUCUUGGGCAGAAAAUGUGAAGGAGAAGACCAUCAAGCAAUUUACUGCUGGGACUUUGUAAGUCAAACUUCAAAUAUUACACAAGAAAAGGCAAUGUUAAAAAGUAUUUAAUACAUAAGAAUUUAACCUGUUGAUGUAACAGAUUUUUAAAUGCUGUGUUGGUAUAUGAAAGACGUCUGGGAGACAAUAUACUGUAGCCUCUCUAUCUGAUUACAACUUGAGACUGUUGUUUUUCUUUUUUCAUUUCAAUUGAGAGAUCAGUUAUAAACACAAGUUAGUGAUCAAACCACUGACAUGUCUUCCAUGAGUUUUCUAGUCCAUGACCUUUGGUGUAAAGUUGCUCUGAGGCUUUCCGCUCUAUAGGUCAUUAAUUUAUUUUGACUGAGAUUUUAAGAAGGGAACACCAUAAAAAGCAUCCUGUGUAUUUCUAAUGUUACACUGCCCUUUAAUAAACAACAGGUUCAAGGGUCUUUUGGAAUUAUCUGUCAUCUCAGUCUGUAUGUAAACUAUGCUCUCACAUCAUGCAGUGCGAUUAUGAAUGUGACUCUACUUUUCAUUUGUUCUCUAUUGUGCUUACAAUCUGUAAUUUCUAUGUGCCAACUUAGAUGACUGUGUGAAUACAGUAUAUGCACUGUAAAAGGUUAGUAUUGAGUGUCUAGGUUCUGACCUUGGGCACUCUGUGCUCUAACAAAGUGCCUUCAACCAUUCAAGGGAACAGUCUAAAAUAAACUAAGAUAGAUUAAACUGAAUGAACCAAACCAUUGUUAUGAAAUGCUAUCACUGAUAAGCAGCAGAUGACCAUCAGUACAUGGAUAUGACCUUCAGACUGGCACUGAAUGCUGCUGAGUGUAGCAGCAGUGUGAACCAAACCCAACAGAUGCUUGGCAGUUUAGAUGCAAAUAUGAUAUGAUGAAGAAUUAGCCAAGCUUCCACAAAAAAAACUCUGAUUAAGGUUAAGGUGAGGAAAUGUGAAAGUGACUACUUAUGCCGUGCGAGAUUCCAUUGAAGCCAAAAUUCAUUCUGUAAAUGAAACCUUGUCCAAGACAACAGGCAUGUUUCCAUAAACCAAGUACAAAAAUGGUUGCAGCCAAAACAAUCAAAUUCAAUGAGCUACAAGUUAACAAAUUCAAAACCAGUUCUAAUAAUACUCAAUAUUACAGUACUCUUGUUCCAUCACUGUGCAAAAUAUCAGCAUGAAAGCAUCAGUGUGUCAAACAAAGACCAAAACAAAAUGAGUGUUUAAUGCACAUACAACAGCAGCAGAAGAGCUCAACUUGACAGCCAGCACACACCAAAUAACCAACCAGAUGUGUCGCUGCAGAGAGUGACAAAAUCAACCAGCAGUGUCACAGUAACUGAACGAGGCCCAGACAGUAACAGUAAACUCACAAUGUGUUAAACAUCUUGCUGAAAUGACUCAGUGAUUGAUGAGUGUCACCGGAGGUAAAACACUGGGAAGAAUCAUUCUAAGCCACACAAACAAUUUCCUUCAGACUUGAAAGGGCAUUAUUAUAAAGAACGAUAAAUACUGCCCCUAGGGCUGAGCUGGUUAGAAAGCAACAAUAACAACAAAGUGGGGGAGGGGAAUACAGUACAAAACCAUUCCAACCUAAAACAGCCACUACCUACACAUCCUUAAUCAUAGUUGAUUGCAGCUAAAAAUAAAAAUACAAUAUAGUUUAAAAAAUCUGUGGUAUCAAGUCACACACAUGCCAAACCAGAGCUGGGAGACAAUUAGCUCACUCAUGACAACAAAUCAAUUCAUAACUAAUAUCAGUGCAAGUCUAUACAUACUUAACAGCAACAUUUGAGCAGAAAA